GUUAUCGAUUCCUCAACCAAAUCAUACUUCCAUCACAUGAUGGUGGAAGAGUAGAAUUUUAUUUUACCAAGAUUUUAAAAUACUGUAAUAAAUAUAAUAUUGAAUAGUUAUGGCAGACGGUCCAUUUUCUGGUACUGGUGGAAGCGAGACAAGUCCUAGCUCUGCACCAUUAUACUAUGAAGUUAGCCCUGAAGUUCUAGCAUUGAUAUUCUGCCUUGUUAAAGGGGCUGAUGACUCUGUCAUGUAUUUACUUGCUGUCAAUAUGUUAAUGAGUAGUUUUAUUGGUGCUGUCAUCGCAUGGUGGUAUCACAAGGGGAUAAUUGAAGCAAACAAAAUAGCCUUUAUUGUCUUUGUUGGCUUAUGUAUAAUAUUUCAAGCAAUAAUGUCAGAUAUCUAUGUGUAUCGUAGACCAACAUCAACUGGUGGUGGUGGUACAACCAACCCUACACCUACACCAAAAAAUGUCUCAACUCCAAUUCCAACUACAUCAAAACUGUAAACAUCAAACUAGCAGGGCUUAAGGGGAUGGCCAAUCAGUUGCCGACUAUGAUCACUGGCCAAAUUAGUCUUAGCUCAGUCAUACAUCAUUUCUGGCUCACCAUUACUGGUUCAAUAAUAUACCAGCAAAGAUUUGACUGGAAAAAUUCCAAUUCUGGCUAGACAUUGUCUGUAGACCGGCCAUUAUUUCAAAGCCCCAACCUAAUCUUGUGCUAAUUAAAAUACUGUUAAAUGCUAGGUAUAGA